AUGCUGAAAAUUAACGCUAAUAAAAGUAAUAUCUACUUUGCUAAUGUUGAUAAGGCUGUUAAAAGUAUGAUUAUGAAUUUAUCUGGCUUUAGAGAAGGUAGUUUACCUUUUAGAUACCUUGGGGUACCUCUCUCAAGUAAAAAAUUAAAUAUUUUUCACUACUUGGGUCUGGUGGAUAAGAUUGUUUGUCGAAUUCGUCACUGGACUGCCAGAUUUCUUAGUUAUGCUGGAAGGUUGCAAUUGAUUAACAGUGUUACUUUUUCUAUGGCCAAUUACUGGCUAAUGGUUUUCCCCAUUCCCAAAGCCAUGAUAAAAAAAAUCAAUGCUAUAUGCCGUUCUUUUCUUUGGUCUGGUACUGAUGUUAUAUGCUGGAAAAGUACGGUAGCGUGGGAUGAUAUUUGCAAGCCUAAAAAGAAGGAGGCCUUGGUGUUAUUGAUUUGGAGGCUUGGAACAAUUGUGCUAUGCUUUGGCUGCUCUAGAAUCUCGAGGAGUGACAUUAUGGAUGUCAAGGUUACGAAUAAUAGUACCUGGAUCAUGCGGAAAAUCUUGGAUCAGCGAGAGUUUAUACUUCAGAACCCUACUGUAUGGAAUUCCUUAUUAAGUAGUAACAAGUUCCAAAUGAAGACUGCCUAUAAGAGUAUGAUAAACGGUUCAGAUUGGGGCUGCUAUGGUCUGCUGCAGAAUAAGCAUGCUCGGCCUCGUGCUAGAUUUAUUCUUUGGCUUGCGUGUCGUAAGAUAUUGGCCACAAAGAGCCGGUUAAUGAGAUUGGGCUUUAUCUCCAACAAUGACUGUGUGUUUUUGCAGGAAGGAAGAGACAAUUCAGCAUGUGAUUUUUGA